ACAAUUUACUUAUCUAUGACUAAACAGUGUACAGUAUUGAAAUGGCUUUUGUUACAUCCAUACCAAAAAAGAAAAAGAGAGAACAACUUUUAUGUUGAGAUCCUAAAGAAAAUUAAGCUGUAAUUAAAAAAAAAAUGUGAAAAACCAAGACAGAAAAAAAAUAAUAAUGCAUGGCACUUUAGGGCUUCUGGAUCAUUUUUCACAAUCAUCAAUUCAAAAUUGUUCCAAUUGUUCAAAAAAUGGUUCCAUUUGGCAUUUGAAGGUAGUGUUCUCUUCCUCUCUUUCUCAUUUCUUUAUCUUUCUCUUAUCAUCAGUCCAUGUGAAUGUGAGGUUGGUUGGUGGUCACAAUCGCUGUGCUGGUAGAGUGGAGGUUCAUCAUAGAGGUCAGUGGGGAACAGUGUGUGAUGAGGACUGGGAUUUGGCUGAUGCUGCAGUGGUGUGUAGAGAGCUGGACUGUGGAGAACCUGUAGAUGCUCUGAGUGAUGCUCAUUUUGGACCCGGAUCAGGACCAAUCUGGAAGAGUUAUGUCAUGUGUAAGGGAUCUGAGUCAAUGGUGGAGAAGUGUGGGUCAGGAGGAUGGGAAAUUCACAACUGUGAUCAUAGUAAAGAUGCUGGAGUCAUCUGCUCAGACAUAAAAAAUGUGAGACUGGUUAAUGGUACCAGUCGCUGUGCUGGUAGAGUGGAGAUUCAUCAUAGAGGUCAGUGGGGAACAGUGUGUGGUGUUGGCUGGGAUUUGGCUGAUGCUGCAGUGGUGUGUAGAGAGCUGGACUGUGGAGAACCUGUAGAUGCUCUGGAUGAUGCUCAUUUUGGACUUGGAUCAAGGCCAGUCUUAAUGAAAAUUGCAAUUUGUACUGGAUCAGAGUCUACACUGAAGAAAUGUGGAUACAUAAAAUUAAGUGUUCAUGAUGAGUGUCUUCAUAAGAGCGCUCAAGUAAUUUGCUCAGAAGUCAGGCUGGUUGGAGAAUCUCGCUGCUCUGGGAGGUUAGAGAUACUUGAUGAUCAGUCGUGGGUUUCAGUGUGUGCUGCUGCCUUUGACCAGCAGGAUGCAGAGGUUGUGUGUAGAGAGCUGGACUGUGGGGCUCCUGUACAGGUGCUGGGAGAAGAUGCUUUUGGCAAAGGAGACGCUCAGAUGUGGACACAAGAGAUUCAGUGCAGAGGAAAUGAGUCUCAGAUUCACCUCUGUCCAACAUCACCAUCACAUAAAAGCAACUGUUCUCAUGAGCACAACAUUGGUUUGCUGUGUACUGGUAGGAGUUCAAAAUGCAACAGAGCAGUUUUAUUUAAUUUUAUUUUGAUAUUUUACAUUUCAACUCAUUUCUUCUAUUGCCUUUCUCUCUUUCUUACAUUCUAAGACAUAAAAAAUGUGAGACUAGUAAAUGGUACCAGUCGCUGUGCUGGUAGAGUGGAGAUUCAUCAUAGAGGUCAGUGGGGAACAGUGUGUGGUUUUGGCUGGGAUUUGGCUGAUGCUGCAGUGGUGUG